UCCUCACAAUCUCAACCGCCAGUGGCACCUUCUCCGAGUGCAUAUCAACAGGGAGUUGGACUUCCGAGCCCGGCACCGCCUCCAGAGAACCAGAGCUACGUCCCACCAGAGCCGCAAACGAUGAGCUACGGCCAGCAGCCCGGAAUGGGCCAGCAGCAAUAUCAAGGGCAACAAGACAUGGCAGGAGUGACGCAACAGAUGGGCCAGAUGGGAAUCGAUGGCGGCGCGGCGGCACCAGCGGGUCGCAAGAAGAAGCACCGACAUGCCUUUCACCACAUCGAACAGCCUGCUGGGGGAGCGCAGACAUAUGGCGGAGCACCAGCUGGCCAGUUCAUGAAUGGCCAAGCACCUCAGACACAACCGGGCGCCGACCCAGCAGCAGCGCCAUGGGCACAAACAACACAGCCAUGGCAAACUCAGCAAAUGCCACAGCCUGCUGCCCAAAUGCAAGCUCCGAUGCAGCCUCAAUCGCCUGUUGGGCAACCUAUCAAUAUGGGACAAAAUGGAUCACAAGCUCCUGGUGCUCAGCGAGUCAACCCACAGCUCGUACCAAGCAUACCUCUGAGCAGAGAUAUGGCUGCUGAAUGUUAUAAGCAACACGUAUACCCUACUAUGGAGCAGCGACUACCUCCUCCGGCGACUACGCCUUUGGUCGCCUUCGAUCAAGGAAGUGCUGCCCCAAAGUUCGCACGUCUGACUGUGAACUGUAUUCCUAAUUCGACCGAGCAAUUGGCAACAACUGCUUUACCUCUUGGCUUGGUACUGCAACCUCUCGCCAAACAGAUGGAUGGCGAGGCUGCUAUACCUGUGCUAGACUUCGGAGAAGCUGGCCCACCACGAUGCCGGAGAUGCCGAGCCUACAUCAACCCAUUCAUGGUAUUUGGGAAUGGCGGCAACCGGAUGACUUGCAAUCUAUGUGGACACCCGAACGAGACUGAACAGAGCUAUUUUGCACCUACAGAUCCUUCCGGCGUGCGUAUCGAUCGCCAACAACGACCGGAGCUUCUCCUAGGUACCUGCGAAUUUCUGGUGCCAAGGGAGUACUGGUCCAAGGAGCCUGUGGGUAUGCGCUGUCUAUAUUUGAUCGACGUCAGCGCAGAGAGCUGCAAUCGUGGCUUCCUCAAAGCCAUGUGCGAUGGAAUUCUGGCAGCUUUAUAUGGCGAUGAUCUUGAGCUUGAUGCUGCAGACGACGACGAGGUCGAAGAAACCGAGAAGCCUCCACGACCGAGCAAAGUUCCCCCUGGUGUCAAGGUGGGAUUCAUGACCUUCGACCGUGAAAUCCAUUUCUACAACGUGCACAAGAGACGUCCUGCACCACAACAAAUGGUGGUGUCAGACCUCGAAGACCCAUUCGCUGCCAUUUCCGGGGAUCAUCUUUUCGUCGAUGCUGGAGAAAGCAAGUCGAAUAUCGUUACCCUACUCAGUCAAUUGCCCAUGAUGUUUGAGAGGAUCAAGCAUGCCGAACCGACCCUCAUCCCGUGUUUGCAGGCUGCGCUCUCCGCUCUGCAUGACACCGGGGGCAAGAUUAUGUGCAGUCUUGCUAGUCUUCCAACUUACGGUCCAGCUCCGGCUCGUCUGACAGUCCGCGACCAACGCAUGCAGACCGCAACCAACGACCACCCGGAGCAGGAUCGAGUGCUUCUCAAGUGCGAGAACCCAAGCUACAAGAAGUUCCAAGCAGACUGCGUCAAAGCUGGGGUGGGCGUGGACUUCUUCCUCACGGCGCCUUCUGGCGGAUACCUCGAUGUAGCCUCGAUUGGAUACAUCGCCGAAAAGACUGGUGGCGAGACAUUUUACUACGCGAAUUGGGCAUAUCCACGGGAUACCUUGCGACUACAGAAGGAGCUCAGCCAUGCUUUACAGCGAGAUCAAGGUUAUGCCGCGCUGAUGAAGGUUCGAUGUAGUAAUGGUCUGCAAGUUGCACACUACAGUGGCAAUUUCACGCAACAUACGUUCGGCGCCGAUCUGGAGAUGGGAUCCAUUACCGAGGACACCUCCAUGUCUGUCACGUUCAGCUACGAUGGCAAGCUCGAGACCCGUAAUGACGCCCACUUUCAGUCAGCUCUUCUCUACACAACUGCAAGCGGCCAGAGACGCGUGAGAUGCUCCAAUGUGGUCGCCACAGUCACCGAGAACGCUCGUGACAGUAUGCGAUUCGUUGAUCAGGAUGCUGUGAUCGCCGUUCUGGCAAAGGAGUCAGCCUCCCGUGUACCAGAUCGAUCACUAGCCGACACUCGACAGUGGCUGCAAGACAAGCUCAUUGACGUUCUUGCCAUGUAUCGGAAGCACCAUUCUGGCCAACACCCAGCUGGCCAGCUUGUGAUGCCUGAGCAUAUGAAAGAGUUCGCCAUGUACGUUCUCGGCUUGAUCAAAUCUCGUGCUCUGAAAGGUGGCAAGGAGCCGAGCGAUCGACGAGUCAUGGAGCUGCGCAAUGUCAAAGGCAUGGGCGCAGGCGAAUUGAGCUUGUACCUCUACCCUCGCAUCAUCGCCAUCCACAGCCUCGACACCACCGAUGGAUUCGCGGAUGAGAACGGACAUCUCAAGAUGCCGCACGGUGUGCGAGCAAGCUUUGCAAACAUCGAAGAAGGGGGUGCAUAUCUGGUUGACAACGGGCAAGUUAUGAUACUUUGGCUACAUCAGCUUGUGAACCCCAAUCUGCUUACCGACCUGUUCGGCGAGGGAUUUGAUGAUUUACAGAAGCUGGACCCCAAUAUGAAUGCCCUACCUAUCUUGGAGACGCAUUUGAAUGCCCAAGUGCGAAACAUUCUUAUCGCACUCGAGCAAGGUGCUGGGACUGGCAGAGGCUCGAAAGGUCUCUCCAUUCAGAUUGCGAGACAGGGUCUUGACGGCGCUGAAUUCGAGUUCGCGCGUUUGCUGUACGAGGAUCGCAAUGGCGAGGCAAGCAGCUACGUCGACUGGCUUGUGCAGCUGCACCGUGGCGUGAACAUGGAGCUGAGCGGUCAACGAUCCAAGUCCGCCGCGGACACAACCAGUUCA